UGAAUUUUCGUAAAACAAAUUUUUCGCGCUGUUUAACUUCGACCGUAGGCUUGUUGGGUUACCCAGCACUGGUGCCGACGUCGAACCAUCAUCAAAGCAAGAUUACCAACGCAGCGCAGGGCUCGACACCAGUGCCGCGAAAGCGAGGGGGGAGGAACCGAUUGCAAACACUCCAUCAUAUCUCGUCGCGAAACUAAUGAAAAUUCGGGGUUUUCGAGCAACGGUGAAAUGUGUACGUGCGAUUCCCAUAGACAUUGACAGCCCGUUUGGGCUCCGGUGGAACCUCGUGCUCGACGGCACUGGUGCAUCGGCUUCGGGCAUGGCUUAUCGGUUCGGGCCUUGGCAUUGAUGGAGACGGUGCAGUUUGGCGGUUUUCGUGAGUGGUCCAACGGUGCGCACCGUGCUCGAGCUGGCAGGCCGGUGUUGCUCGUCUCAGUGAGCGGCCUCGCGUCCUGCUAUGCACUUGCCAGCGUAGACGGGGAUUUCGACCGUACCUUAGGCCAAGACAAAGCCGCCCCGGUUGCAGGCAAGUUCGCCCCCCCUCCACGCAAAUCCGGAGCUUACCUGCUUGGAUGGAGCGGACAUGGUAUCGUAUUCGAUCUCGGUGCGUUUGGCUUUUUUCUUAUCUUAUCGCCUCAUUGCCAAGUUUUCAUGUCUACUUGUUCAGACAUGACUUAUGUGUAAAUAUCGGCGGCGUUCAUCGCUCGCCUUUUUGCUCACCUCGACACAGCCCCAUCCCCCCUUCCUCCGACAUUGUCACUUCCACCGGUCAAUAUUGGUGCGAUGCAAGUUAGCAGUAUUCAUCUCACCUCUUUUCUCGCACCACGCACCAACCCCCAUCCUGUCGUUUCGGCUCCAUGCAUCUUCGGUGGCUCUCGCUAGGCAGGACCCCCCUGAUGAACUCUGCC